UCACCGCAAACCUUCACAACACCGCAGACAGUGCGACUGCCGCUCCAUAGAUCGCCUCGAAAUUCGACGUCGCGCUGCCGUCCCUGCAGAGUGACCGCCACUUCACAGCACCGCCAUGGGCGACAACAAGGACCUCGAAGAGCUUGCGCGCUCGACCACCGAGGACUACUACGAGCUGCUCGCCGUGCCGUUUGAUGCGGAGGAAUCAGUCAUCAAGCGCGCCUACCGCAAAGCCUCGAUCCGGUACCAUCCCGACAAGAACCCCGACAACAAGGAUGCCGCCGACCGCUUCAUUGCGCUGGGAUGGGCGCGCGACAUCCUGAUCGAUCCCAAGCUCAAAGGCGAAUACGACCGCGCGCGCUCGCGGCGGCGCGAGAAGGUGUUCCAGGAUGAGCUGCUCAGCGGGAACCGGCGCAAGAUGAAGGAGGAGCUCGAGCGGCGCGAGCGGGAGAGCGCAGACUUUGGCGCGAGUCUGAAGCGGAAACGCGCGGCCGACAUGAGCGAGGCGGAAAAGCGGGAGCAGGAGAUCCAGCGCCUGGCAGAGGACGGGAAGCGGCGGCGCAAGGAGGCCCAGGACCGCAAGGACAAGGCGCGCCAGGACGAGCAGGCGGCCGCCGAGCCCGUCAAGAGCCCGGUAAUGCAGCCCUCGAGGCCGGGCGACUCGGCCGAGCUGGACCGCACCGUCAAGAUCCGCUUCCACCGCGAGGGCGACACGGCGGCCUGGGACCGCGACACGCUGCGCUCCAUGUUCGACAAGUACGGCAAGAUCGACAGCAUCAUCAUGGGCAAGGACAAGAAGCUGAAGCUGGAGGGCGAGAAGCACCGCAAGCUCGUCGCCAUGGUCUUUGUCGUCUACGGCCGCCUCGACCACGCCCACGCCGCCGUCUCCGACGCAAAGGCCGACCACCCCGCCCUCGACUCUGUGGCCUGGGCAAACGGCGAGCCCGACCUGUCCUCCACCCGCAACGGCGCGUCCGCGUCUACAUCCGCAUCGACACCGCCAUUCGCCGCCCCCGCCCCAUCGACUCCCACCACUCCCGCGCCCGCAAAAUCAUUCCGCGCCUCCGUCGGCUCCAACCUCGGCGCAACGCCCCUCGGCACCCCCAAGUUCUCCUUCAGCCCCAAAACCCCGAGCCUGGAGGAAGUCACCAUGAUGCGGCUGAAGAACGCCGAGAAGAAGCGCCUGGAAGAGCAGAUCCGGAGGAGCGAGGCUGCCGAGGCCGCGAAAGAGGCUGUCUGACGCGCGCAUGUUGCAUAGCUAGGUAUUGUGGAGCGGUGUUUUUGCUUUUGAGAUACCCACGUUGAAUUCUACUCUGGACAGUGCAAGUUUGCACUGUAUCUACCAAGUCUCCUUGCUGUCUGUACUCUGAGUGCGUCGUCCGUCUGAACCUGACAGCCUCAUGCAUAAGCUGCAUGAGGCUUCCCCGAAGUAGCUAGACUGCUCCUGCAGGUCCAGGCAGGUGCAGACAUCGCAACUCCUUCAUGCACUUC